UCUACAAAGGAUCAGAGACUGGUGUAUUCUGGCAGACUGCUUCCUGAUCACCUGCAGCUGAAAGAUGUUCUCAGAAAACAAGAUGAAUAUCAUAUGGUUCAUCUGGUAUGUACUUCCCGGACACCCCCAAGUUCUCCAAAACCCAGCACCAGUAGAGAAGGUCACGGAGCUUCAACCUCCAGCAGUAGCUCAAAUUUGGAUCGUUCUGGAUCAACUGCUGCCUCACCAGCAAACCAAGAAGCUUCAUCUACAUCGUUGAACACUAGUGCAGAUGGAGUGAGGCAUCGUAAUCUUCCACAAGCACAAAGCAAUCCCAUACCAAGCCACCAGUUCCCUUAUUUAAUGCAGGGUAAUAUAGGCAACCAAUUUCCAGGCCAAGGUGUUCCUGCUGGAUUUUCUAUGUAUCCUGCAUUCAGUCCCUUACAGAUGAUCUGGUGGCAACAAAUGUAUGCACGUCAGUACUACAUGCAAUACCAAGCUGCUGUUUCAGCCCAAGUGACUUCCAGCACUGAGCCAGUGAGAUCUGCAGUUGCCCAGGCUGUAAAUUCAGAACGUGCUCCUGCAAAUGAGCCCCCAGCAGUGCCAAAUGUAGCCGUCCAGGAGAACAGGCCUGUAAACCCGAACGUUCAGAUGAAUGCACAGGGUGGCCCAGUAGUGAAUGAGGAGGACUUCAACCGGGACUGGCUGGACUGGAUGUACACAUUCUCUAGAGCAGCAAUUCUUCUGAGCAUUGUAUACUUCUAUUCUUCCUUCAGUCGAUUUGUCAUGGUAAUGGGAGCCAUGCUGCUGGUUUAUUUACACCAGGCUGGAUGGUUCCCCUUUAGGCAAGAGGGAGGCCAACAACAGGCAGCCAAUAACGUGGAAGUGAAUCGUGAUGGGCAACAUGCAAAUAAUCCUGAUCUUGAAGAGAUGGAACGACUUAUGGAUGACGGGAUUGAUGAAGACAGUGGAGAAGAUGCAGGUGAAGAUGCCAAUAUAGAGCAGCAGCCUGGAUUCAUGGCUUCUGCUUGGUCCUUUAUCACAACCUUCUUCACAUCACUCAUCCCUGAAGGGCCUCCACAGGUUGGCAAUUAAAGUGGAAAAAGAACUGUGUCAGGCAGCCUCAGUAGCCAUACGUAGAAGUGGAGCAGAUUCUAGAGAGUGUUUUAAAUACAGUGCAAUUCCUGAAAAUUUAUAAUGUUAUCUUUUUGAUCACGGUGUACAAAAAUGUGUAUUUUCUUUUGGCUUUCUCAUGCAUUGAAUAUUUUAAGCACAAGUGGACUACUAAAUCCUUUCUUUAAGAUUCUUCUUUUUCUGAAGAAUAAAAUGUAAGAUACUGGUCUUCCAUGUCUUAUUUUAUUUUCAAAUGUGUAUUAUACUGAGGCGAAAAGCUUGUACUUAAUCUGCGCCAUUACCUCUUUAAAGAGCUGUUAAAAAUACUAAGAUGAAUAGAUAGCAUUUGGAAAGGUCUGUCAACAUUCAUAACUUUAAUGUAUCUUGCGUUAGUCUUAUGCAGGGUAUGAAUUAUCGCUUGGGAUUUGGAGUUUAUAUCAUUCCUGAAAGAAUGCUGUAAACACGAGGACUACUUGUUAAUGGCAUGUUGUCUUCAUGCCACAAAAUACUAAGCCUCUUCUCAUACAUCUAGAAAGCUAAAAGCUUUUUCUUGAGGCUGUACUGAAGUUCAUUAAAGUUGGAGAUGUUUGACAGCUCUUC